UAGUUAAUAAUUAAAAAAACUUUGGUGUUAUAUUUUGUUUAUAUUUAUAAUAAUUAUUAAUAAGUAACAAGUUUUGAAAUACUUAUUUUUAAAAAAACGCGCCAAUGAAUUUGAAAAACUGAAGUGUAUCAAUUUGUGAUUUGCUGUUUCAAAAAUGAAAAUAAAAAAUUUUUACCUACAUCGCGUCUGCAUUUGCAGACUUCUUAUAAACAUAUUUAUGUAUUAUUUGAAACAUUUAAUUAUUAAUUUACAUUAUGGAAAACAGGCAAGUUUAGUUAAUUGAUGUCAGUGAAUUUAGAAAUAUAAAUGUACACUUAAAAUUCUUUUUUGAAGAAUCGAUAACAAUGUCCACGUUGGCAAUAGUAGUUUGCAAAUAAUUAUUAUUAAAUCUGUUUGAUUAAAUUCGAAACUGUACUUUUAAACAAAUAAAAUGACCAAAGUGAAAGGACAUGAAAGACCACAGAAAAUAAAAUCAAGAGUAAUAAGUUCCAGUGAUUCUGAUAAAUCGUCAAUUUCUAAGAUGCCUAUUUUGAAUACUAUUUUAACGGUUGUUUGUAUAGGAGUUGCAAUUUGGUUUAGUUAUAAGGGAUAUUUAGAAACUCGCGUUAAUACGCCAUAUAAUGUUGAAAAACUGGUUAAUGCAGCCAAAUUAAAUAAUUCCGAGAGAUAUUGGGGUUCAUAUAGAUCAGGCGUUUAUUUUGGAAUGAAAACCCGAGACCCUUAUUCAUUGGUAACGGGUCUAAUGUGGUAUUUUCCACAAUUCUUACGACAAGGAGGAGAUGGACUACGACAUUGGUGUGAACAAGGUGAUAAAUUAGACCGAUAUGCUUGGCUGGAACACGAUGGAGAAACUUUCGGCGUUCAGGAAAUAGUUGACGGUGGGGCAAUUUUGAGAACGUCCUUCAUAAAAAGACCAGGUGGUAAACACGGUGGCGAUUGGUCAGCAAGAAUUGGUGUCUCAUCAGAAAAAGGUGAACGGGAUGGUGAGGAAAUUUCCUUCAUCUUUUACACAGCAAUUGAAGAUAAAACAAACGGCAAAAUUAGAGCGGUUUUGGGUGACAGUCAACGCCUCACAGGAAUGGAGGGUAAUACCGAAGGUCUCGGAUUUUUUUCAAUAAACCUCAAUAGCCUCAAAGGUCAAGUAGAGGAGCAUUCGUUCUUGGUAACAGUAGCGCCCGGCCUACACGUCUUAAAAGAAACAGUUCUUCAAAAUUUUCGAAUAGCCACACAAAAAGGCUCCAAUAAAAAGCAUAUUGUCCUUGGCGGUGAACAAUUAUCAUCAGCCCACGAUGGAAGUAAAUUAGAUCCCAAUUUCGUUGCAACUCAAGUAACAGCAAAGAUUCCAUUUGAAUUCGAAAUUAGUUUUGAAUCGGCAAGUUUUAAUAAUCGAAGUGAAAAAUUAAUUGGCGAACGUUAUCAAAAAGCUCUUAGCGAACGACGAAAAAUAUUUAAUGAGAAAUUCGAUCGAGUUUUUCAACUCGCCGCGAAAGGUUAUAAAGAAGAUGAAGUGAAUUUUGCAAAAAUGGCAUUUUCAAAUAUGAUGGGAUCAAUAGGAUAUUUUUAUGGUUCGGCACAGGUGAAAAGUGCCCAUACCAAAGAACCGGUUCCCUAUUGGAAAGCUGCCCUUUACACAGCCGUUCCGAGUCGGAGUUUUUUCCCCCGUGGCUUUCUUUGGGACGAAGGUUUCCACGGAUUACUUAUUUCAGCCUGGAAUUUAAAUAUUCAAAUGGACAUAAUGAGUCACUGGUUCGACCUCAUGAAUAUCGAAGGUUGGAUACCGAGGGAAAUGAUUCUAGGACAAGAAGCCCUUGUAAAGGUUCCUGAAGAAUUUGUCACUCAAGUAAACACCAAUGCAAACCCACCAACAUUUUUUAUUACCUUAAAAUGCAUACUCGAUCAUAAUCGUCAAGAACUUUUGAAAAAUCAUUAUAUUUUAUUAGAAAAACUCUAUCCUAGACUGCAAGCAUGGUUUACUUGGUUCAAUACAACACAGAUUGGUGAUAUGCCAGGAACUUAUCGUUGGCGCGGGAGAAAUGGUACAACAAGUCGUGAAUUGAAUCCAAAAACUUUAACUUCCGGACUAGACGAUUACCCAAGAGCUUCGCAUCCAAAUUUAGAUGAACGACACAUUGAUUUACGAUGUUGGAUUGCCCUCGCCGCUAAUGUAAUGUCUCAAAUUGCCGACAUUCUACACAAACCAAGUGAAAAGUACUUGGAUACUUAUAACUACCUAACUGACAAUGAUUUACUGAAUCAUUUGCAUUGGUCGCCGAAGACACAAACUUUCGCUGAUUAUGGAUUGCAUACCGACAAAGUGAGUCUCAGGAAACCAACACCAUCGCCAAGAUCGCAGCAGUCACUUGAAAUGACGCGAAUUGUUUUAGAAGAUCCUAUUUUGAGAUUUGUUGAUACAACAUUUGGAUAUGUUUCCCUAUUUCCAUUUAUUUUACAAAUCAUUGAACCGGAUUCGUCACAAUUGGGAAAAAUUCUCGAUGACAUUGUAAAUCCCGAUUUGCUAUGGACCAAAUAUGGGUUGAGAUCAUUAGCGAAAAAUUCUCCAUUGUAUAUGAAAUACAACACGGAACACGAUGCUCCUUAUUGGCGUGGUGCUAUUUGGAUGAAUAUCAAUUAUCUUACUGCUAAAGCCUUAAAUCAUUAUUCGAAAAUUCAAGGUCCACAUCAGUUAAAAGCAAAGAAUAUUUAUACAAAUCUAAGACAAAAUUUGAUUAAAAAUGUCAUUUUACAGUAUAAAAAAACAGGAUUUCUCUGGGAAAAUUAUGGCGAUACUUAUGGGAAUGGAAAAGGUUGUCAUCCCUUCACUGGAUGGACUUCAUUAACAGUUUUACUCAUGUCUGAAAUUUAUUAGUCUUCAUUUUUUAUAAAUUUUAAUUUUCUGACUCAAACGUGUGACCAAAGCUGCUAAUGUAGAAAAUUUUUCUUAGUAAAAUUUAAAGACAAAUUCUAUAAAGAAAUUAAUAUAUAUAAGAAAAUAAUAAAAAACUGAUAAUAAAAAAUUAUAGAAAUAAUUAAUCAAAGUAUAUAUGUAUAAACAAAAAAUAAUUGCAAGAAUAUUAGUAAUCAUAUCAAAAAUAGCUAGAAACUUUUAUAGAUAUCCAAUAUUGCAAUUAUUGUAAAUUAUUUAAAUUUUUAGAUUACCAAUAAUUAAAUUUAAACAAAUAUUUAAAAUAAACCUCAGAUUUUUAAAAUUGCUGAAUAUAUAUUCAAAUGUUUUAUAAAUUUUAAAUUUUUAGGAAUUACAAAUCUAUGAUAAUAAUAAAAAAAAUUGUAAUUUUAGAGUCAGAAAAUAAGAUUAGGUAUUAUACAUUCUACAAAAUAAUUGACAAUCUAAUAUGGCACAAAUUCUAAAGAUUUAACCUUCAAUAUUGCUUAACAUGGAACUAGCAACUUACUGCCUUUUUUAAAUAAAAUUAGUAAUUUUAAAAAUAAUAGAAAUUUAAAAUUUUCUAAUUUAAAUUUUUGUUAAAAACACUAA